AUUGGACCAACUUUUACUGAAAGACACAUUUAUAAAAUUAGCCAAUUGUGUUCCAAAGCCACUUUUGAGUUUCAAAACUUCCAUUUAGCUUUUCAAAAUUCAUGCCAAAUGGGUUGCAAGAAUCUUUGUGUUUCGUCCUACUUAGGAUUGUGGACAAAGUAUUACUCAUCAUCACUUAAUAUCUGCAAUAGGAAGCGGGAAGGUAACAAUCAAUUUUUAUGUCGAAUUUCAAAGAAUUGCUUCAGUCGGGAUGUAUCAUUUACUAAUAAGUUUCUAGUACGGUCACAAACACAUCAAGCGCACAUUAUACUACCACAUGAUUCUCGCACAUGGUGGAUAUGUCGGGUCUAACUUGUUCAUUGAAAAAUAAUUCAUGGGUCGUUCUUAUUCAAUGAACGAGUAUGAAAAUUUAAUCCAUCCAGACCAUCGUCAAAAGUCUGGUCAUCUCACAUGUAUGAUCCACAGGUAGUCUCAUAUGAAAUUUUCCUCGAUGCAGGCUUUUCUUAUAUAGGCGGAAGAAAACUAUUUAAAAAGCAUUAAAAUUUUGAAUAUUAUAAGAAAAAAAUCUUUCGAUUUUAAAAAGUCCCCAUAUGAAUGUCAAAAUAAGUCGAAAUUUCUUACCUGGUUCGCUUAAACCCCCAAUUUCGGACCAACGCGUGGAUAAUGUUGAAUCAGCCAUGGUCAAUUAUCAAACAUAAUACGGUUUCAAAGUCUCCUACAUAAAAUUGCACCUAUAUAUACACACACACACACACACACACACAAAUAUAUAUACAUAUACCGUAGCCUUCUUCUUGAGCCUGAAAAAAACUACUCAAAUGGCCGCCGCCGCAACCACAAAAGCAAUCCUUCCGCUCCACCACCACCACCACCACCACCACGCCGCCGCCACCAAAAAUGGGCUCUUCAUAUCAAUCCAUGCCUAUCAAAAUUCCCCUUUUGAAACUCACCCAAGUCAAAAACCUUCCAACAAGGCCAUUAAACUGGCUGAAUCAUUGUCAAACAUGUUACAUCUGCACAUUGAAAGAAACCUCAAUUAUCAUCCUUCGAAUGUACCAAGAAUUGAAGAUAAGCACGAUACUUCAACGAUGUCUCCUAAGGAAGAUAUAUCCAAAAAAUGGCAAGAAAUUCAUGGUUCUAAUGACUGGAAUAAUCUUCUCGAUCCACUUCAUCCUUGGCUUAGAAGAGAAAUAGUCAAAUAUGGAGAAUUUGCACAAGCAACCUAUGAUGCAUUCGACUUCGAUUCGUUCUCGGAGUAUUGCGGAAGCUGUCGGUACAAUGAAAGAAAACUUUUCGGAAAGUUAGGACUUAUUGAAAGUGGUUAUAAGGUCGCAAAAUACGUAUACGCUAUGUCGCAUAUAGAUUUGCCCGAAUGGUUGGAAAGAUCGAGAUUUGCUGAUACAUGGAGCAAAGAUUCAAACUGGAUGGGGUUUGUGGCAGUGAGCGACGAUCAAGAAACACGACGAAUUGGACGACGUGACAUUGUUGUGGCAUGGCGUGGAACGGUCGCACCAUCCGAAUGGUAUGAUAAUAUGCAGAGGAAAUUAGAGCCAAUUGGACAAGGAGAAGCAAAAGUGGAACAUGGGUUUCUCAGUCUUUACACAUCUAAGAGUGAGUCCACUAGGUACAACAAGUCUAGUGCCUCGGAACAAGUCAUGAGAGAAGUUAAGAAACUAGUGAAUUACUACAAGGGAAGAGGUGAAGAAGUUAGCCUAACAAUCACCGGCCAUAGUCUCGGUGGUGCAUUGGCACUUCUUAAUGCAUACGAGGCUGCAAAAAACUUCCCCAGCCUUCCAAUCAGCGUCGUAUCGUUUGCAGCACCCCGAGUAGGCAACAUUGCCUUCCGGGACGAACUAUAUCAAAUGGGUGUCAAGACUUUACGCAUGACAAUAAAACAGGACGUCGUCCCAAGAAUGCCCGGUAUAGUCUUCAACGAGAGUCUACAAAAAUUUGAUGAUAUUACAGGUACGUUGGAGUGGAUAUACACUCACGUGGGAGUAGAGCUGAAGCUCGAUAUAAGAUCAUCUCCAUAUCUAAAGAAAGGGUUGAAUUUAGUGGGAAUUCAUAUGCUCGAAACAUAUCUUCAUCUAGUCGAUGGAUUUCUCGACAGCACGACGACGUUUAGAUCAGAUGCUAGAAGGGAUGUAGUGUUGGUGAAUAAAGAUUGUAAUAUGCUUGUGGAUGAAUUGAGAAUUCCUCAUAAUUGGUACCAAUUGGAGAAUAAGGGGCUUGAACGUAAUUUCCAUCGUAGGUGGGUUAAACCUACUAGGUAUCCAGAGGAUAUACCCUCACCAACAGUUGAGUCAUACAGUAAUGUACUUGAAAUGCAGGAUAGUUGUGGACUCGAAUCCUUGUUUUAGUAUUUGAACUUGGAAUAAAAUGAAAUGUUAAAUGAUGUAUUUUUGUA